UGAGUAUCGUACGCUGAAGAGGCCAAUUGCGCGCCUGUGUGGAAUCAUAAAAGUCAAAUUUGAAAAGUUUCAAAUUCAAAAACGAAAACAACAGUUCCGCUAACCGGACAUUUCCACCUUCACAUUUUUGCUUAGAACAACCAACAACACACACAGCCAAUAUGAGUGAUACCUUGAUUGAUGAGGAUCUGACCCCCGAGCAAAUUGCCGUGUUGCAAAAGGCCUUCAACAGUUUCGAUCACCAAAAAUGCGGCAGCAUCUCAACUGAAAUGGUCGCUGAUAUUCUGCGUCUUAUGGGUCAGCCCUUCGACAAGAAGAUCUUGGAGGAAUUGAUCGAGGAGGUCGAUGAGGACAAGUCGGGUCGCUUGGAAUUCGAAGAAUUCGUACAGCUCGCCGCUAAAUUCAUCGUUGAGGAGGAUGAUGAAGCCAUGCAAAAGGAGUUGCGUGAAGCCUUCCGUUUGUAUGACAAACAGGGCAAUGGCUACAUUCCCACCUCUUGCUUGCGUGAAAUCUUGCGAGAAUUGGACGAUCAACUGACCAAUGAGGAGUUGGACAUCAUGAUUGAGGAAAUCGAUUCUGAUGGUUCCGGUACCGUUGAUUUCGAUGAAUUCAUGGAAAUGAUGACUGGCGAAUAAAUAUUUAUUUUAAUAUUUGUAAACUAGAAAUAUUUUCGAUUUUCAUUUUUUGUAUAUAAUACAUCUAAAUACAAUUGUAGCUGAAUAUUAGACACACACACAACCACACACAUAUAUAGAAACACAUGUAAAUAAACACCAGAACAAUGUAGAACGGAAUAUCAACACCAUAAUGGCAAACAUAACAGAAAUCAUAUAGAUUUGUUAAACACCAAAUUUUGCCAAAUAAAUUCGUUUAAUUUUUUUUGUAUA